AGGCUGCCUUCGCAAACUCGCUGACACGACAGCGGCUCUGUUCUUCCACGUGGACCCUGUCAUUGACCAAAACACUUCGGUCUCCGUGGCAGCCGGGGAGCGCGCGUGCAGCCGCCGUUGCGCAGUGCAGACCGGGAGGCGCGAGCAGGGCGGUGCGGGGCAGAGGUGUUCUCCAGAUAUGAACCUUUAAACGCAAACCUGCCCGAAUUAAAUCUUUUUACUGCCCAUCAACUAUGCAGACAGGCGUGUUCAUGAAGUCUCACCUGGGCAGGUCGGCCCCAUGUGUCCUGUCCCUGUACAUGUUCAUACACCUGUGCCAGGCUGCACCAGGUCUACCUGGGACACAGAGGGAGGAACCCGUCGAUGCCCACCCCCCUUUAGUAGCGCUAGCCAAUCCCUUUGGCUCUGGAGAAGAGGACCACAGGUUGUUGCAAAGUUACAUUCAGUCCCGUCUGACGGAGGGCCAAGGAGGACCAGAAAUCAUCACCUGGGAGCAAGAGGUGUUCUUCCUGUUUCGUCUUUAUGACUACGAUCGCAGUGGGCUCCUGGAUGGCUUGGAGAUGAUGAAACUACUUUCAGACUAUAACUCCCAUCAUACACCUGGAAAACGGACCAAUGACCUGGUGGUGUCUCUGGUAGAUUUUUUACUCCAGACUCAGGAUCUAAACCAGGACGGCAUGUUGGCCCCAUCCGAGAUGCUGUCUCCUCCAUUACCUCACACACAGGACUCCAGCAACAACAACGCACCUGACCAGCAGGAUCAGGAAGUGGCAGCGGAGAAGCUGUCAAACCUCAUUACUGACGAGGAGACGGCCGCAGCAGCAGAGCAGAGGGAGGAGGCUCACGAGGAGUUGCAGCUUCAAGAGGAAGUAAAGACAGAAGAGGAACAGAACCACAGAGUCCCUGUUCAUCAGGGGCAGCCAGAGAUGUGAAACACAUUGAGGCUCACAUAAUAACAAAACCAUUUCUCUUGAGUCAGCAGAAGACUGAUGAAAAUACCACUAACACUUCUUCUUAAUCUUCAUCCCCACAAAUGAUCUUUAUCUUGAUUUUACACUAUUCAUUUGAAUUGACUAUGUAGCACGUAGAUGGUUGAUUCAUGAGAAGAUGAAUGUAUUGAAAGUAUUCCUGUUACUUUGUUUUAAUCAUGAAUGCAAACAUUUCUGAAGGGAUAAAAGUCCUCAAUUUAACAAAGAAACAUUAUUCUUACUAGUAAAACAGAAGCCAUCCUUGAUAGGGAUUAGUACUUUUUGAAUAUAUUUUAAUUUCCCAGCAAGUGAAACAUAAUAAUUUGAAAAGUAUAAGGUGUAUAUUUUAUUUGUUUAGCCUUUUCUGUCAUACCUGAAAAACUAGCAUAUUUGUAUUUGUGUUUUUCUCUAUAGAAACUGUUUCAUGUACACACUGAUUGGCCUUAGUGUCCGACCCACCUUCGGUUUCGGGGUGUUCACCUGUAGUUAUGCACCAGGACUGUUAUUUAGUUAAACUGGUCUCUGACAGACAGCUCAGUUUAGCCCGUGUGCUCAGACACACUGAUGUGCCAUGAAACUAAAUGUGGUCUUCCUUGAGAAUUUCCCAAUGACUUAAUUAAUUUACUGAAUACAAUUAGGUUAUCUUAUUAUGCAGUAUGGGCCAAGUCUCUUUUUCUUUUUGCUUGUGUACCAUCUAGUAAGCACUAUAUUUUGACGAGGAUUUUAAUGUGCCUGAAUGAGUUGGGGACCUUAAAACAAACGGUAUAGUUAAGCAUUGAAGUAACAUUAGUUAUUUACUAUAAUGUUAAGUCUCUAUCUGCAAACUUGAAAUGUGUUUACAGUAUGAAAGGGUUUAUUACUUGUUUACAUUUUGUUUGUUUACCCCUUUUAACCAUUUAUGCGUUAAUACAGCCGGAGAAAAUAAAGCAAACAUAUUUGUCCCUC